CACAUGCUCUCUUCAUCUGACAUUUCAUGAAAGGUUUACCGUGUAUGAUUAAGUGUAAGUAAACCCCAGUAUCCCUUAAUGGUCUUUUAAUAAGUGUUUUGUCGGCCAGAAGAUAAAGAGACCGACAAUACCAGCGAUAUAUUCAAAUACUGUCUGCGCCUUACCAGGAAGCUGAGCUACCGCAGCUGAGUGAGGAGGAUGCGUUACCGACAGAGGGGGGGUCAGCUGGGCCUAAUCCUCCUGGCCUCCCAGGUCUUCCAGGUGGGGGUGGAGAACAUUCCCCCUGUGACGCUGGCUGUAUUGGGCCUUAACGUCUACCUCUUUCUGGUGCCCAACUUACCUCUCCUCCAGGCCUGCAUCAGCGUCCAGCAGGCCUACUGGCGUGGUGACUGGCGCCGCCUCGUGCUGUCGCCGCUGCACCACCUAGACGACUGGCACCUGUACUUCAACAUGGCAUCCUUCCUGUGGAAGGGCGUCAAGUUGGAGCCCCGGCUUGGCAGCAGCUUCUACGCCUGGCUUCUGGCUGUUUUCUCCCUGCUGACGGGCGUGAUUUAUCUGCUGCUGGAGAUGGUGCUCUCGGAGAUCACCCAGGACCCCUCUUACAGCAUGCAGUGUGCAGUCGGCUUCUCAGGAGUGCUUUUCGCUCUGAAAGUGCUGAGUAACCACUACCACCCGGGAGGUGUCUCCUACGUGAUGGGCGUCCCAGUGGCCAAUCGCUAUGCCAGCUGGGUUGAGCUGGUGCUGAUUCAUCUAACGUCACCGGGGACCUCUUUUGUGGGACACCUGGCAGGCAUCCUGGUGGGGCUUCUCUACACCGCUGGUCCUCUGAAGAUCAUCAUGAGAACAAUUGCAGGAUUUGUGAUGAAUGGAUACCAUGCCAGACAAAAUCCAUAUAAUAACUCUUCAGGAUACAGUGGCAGUAGUGGAGGACCUCGUGUGCAGCCCCAGAAUGGUCACCCUUACACUGGAGGUCUAUCAGAGGAUGAGCAGUACGAGGCAGCCAUCAGAGCCAGUCUCAAUGGCAGAGGGGGCUCCACUCAGAGAAGACCAACCUCGUAUAGUUUCAACAUCCCAGGAGAACUGACAGCAGAGGAGAUCAGGAGGCGGCGGCUCCAGAGGAUUGACCACUUUGACUGACCAAGCUGGACUAUUGGUUUAUUGGAGAAUAAAAAUCUCUUUCCUCAAGGAAUACUACACUGAAAAACUAUAGUAUUUUCUCAGUCCACUGUUAAAGGUAGAAUCAGUGAAAUUAUGUUGCACAAGGCAGUACCUCAGAUAUUGCGAUGAGCAAGAUGCAAGACUUCGCUCUCACCCUGUCACACACAGUAUCUGUGCACGGGUUCGCUUAACGCUCUUACAAAGUGGUAGCCAAGGGACCAGAACAGCAGGAGUUUAGCCUCGCGCUCCAACUCUCAUAGCUGUUGGGGAGUGUAUUUUCAUUUGUCAUUUUAUAAUAAAAAAUAUUUGAAAACGUAUAAAUAUUAUGCAGUGAAAACAGCCAAAUGUAUCCAAAUCGCAUUUUAGGAACCACACUGUCAGCCUGGUAGCACACAAAUUAUGCCGGAUUUGACAUGUUGACUUUGUAGUGUCAGAUUCAUUGAAUGGGUGCCAAUGACGGCGUUCUUGUGCUAUCUAUCCCCCACGGUUGAUGUGCCAUUGAGCUCUUACCGUAUGUAUUGGGCUACUAUUUAAUUAUUUUCAAGUAUCAAUUAAGAUUUUAAGUCCUAUAGUAUUUGAAUGUAAUAAUAGGAUUACCAAAUAUACUGUAUCUGUCUCUUGGCAAAUAUGAAACAGCAAUUUUAUAGAUCUGGGAACUAAGUCUUCUAUUUUGAUACAUUUUGCUCUAGAGGGAAUCUGAGAAUGAACUUGUAAUUUAACAUGAGUGUAAUAUGAUGUAUUUCUUAAAAUAAUCUUGUUUGUUAAACAAUAUAUUCAGUACAUUAAAGACUACACUUGAUCUAG